CGAUUCAACGGAAGAACGUUGUCCAAAGUGCAGUCACGAUCGAGCAUAUUUCCUGCAGAUGCAAACAAGAUCAGCUGAUGAACCUAUGACCACAUUUUAUCGUUGCUGUAACCCAGAGUGUAAUCAUUAUUGGCGAGACUGAUUCGAUCAAAUGCUUUUGAAGUUGAAAACAUUGCUUGGUUCUACAGGUAGAUUAUCAAAGAUGGCAUACUUCGAAUCUUCUCCGACAACUGCUCAUAUUUCCAUAACAGAUUCCACAGUUGAACUGACAGCCGUGAAUUAUCUUAAGUCUGGAUCUGUCAUAGCCGUACCAACAGAUACAGUUUAUGGAUUGGCCUGUGAUGCAACUAAUAAAUCUGCGAUAAAUCAACUAUAUAAGAUCAAAUGCAGAAACGAAAACAAGCCUUUAGCAAUUUGCCUGAACGAAGUGAGUAGAAUCGGAUUAUGGGCCAGCGUUCACCAUCUUCCGUCGAAUCUGCUGGGGGCCCUAUUACCAGGACCGGUUACCGUUAUUCUUCAAUUAACAAAUAACACGCUAGACAAGUCGUUGAGUUUGAAUGGAAAAGUUGGUAUAAGAGUACCCGAUUAUGAUUUUAUAAGGAAUAUUUCGUGUGGUUUGGGCAAACCCUUGGCACUAACUAGUGCUAAUUUCAGUAAUCACCCUAGUGCUGUGGAAAUUUUACAAUUUAAAUCGAUUUGGGAUAAAAUACCUGCCAUAUUCGACGGUGGUAAGUUGAAUUAUAAUAACGAACCGUCAACUAUCAUUGAUUUGUCAGAGUCCGGAGUAUUUAAAAUAGUAAGAGAGGGAGCUGCUUUGGAAGAAACCAUCAGUAUGCUGAGAAAAUUUGGAUUGAAACAAAUGUUGUGAUAUUAGUGUUUUUAAACUGAGAUGAGAGGUACAAUCAAUUUCUAUCAUUUGUAUCUCCAGUAUUAGCUUCUUUAUCUCAUGACAAAAGAGUUUAGUGAGUAAUUGGUAUUUUAAAAUACUAUAACAGCACCAGUAGUGAGAAUAUGAAAUGUAUUUUCAAUAAAUCGAUGGAUGUAGCCGUUACUGGCAAGUAGGAGAUCAUCAUGAAAAACGAGAAAUAAAGGUUUAUAUUUUUUUACCACUUGUAUUUGUAACUAUCAUUACUGCAGUUUCGUCCUAUAAGGACAUUUUCAAAUGAAUACAACAAGAAUUUAUUGUAUUUACAAAUGCAAGUGGUAGAAAACAUGAAGUUUUGUUUCAUCAGUUCGGAC